CAAAGUUAGGAUGCGUCCAUGUGAAGUGUGUGUGUGAGCGGUGUAGCGUAGGAUUCCAGAGAAGAUGGGGGAGACAACGCAGUGUCCAAAGCUGUAAUGUGCCCUCUUCAGCAAUGGUUAUCAGCAGAAGUGAUAUCAAGAAACGUAGAAAGGAGGAAGAAUCCCUAGAUGAAGAUAUACAGGGAAGUCCAAAAAGAACAAAAGUACACGCUCAGAGGAAAUUUGCACAGGGUUCUUCUAACCUAAGCAGCCCAGCAUUAACUCCAGUGAAAGACAAGGACAAAGUAAAGAGCAAUGGCACCGUCGUCUCUCCAGAACUCAUCCCAUCGAAGCGGCCAAAGACUGAGGAUUUUCUUACAUUUCUAUGCUUCCGAGGUACUCCGAUACUUCCUGCACGCUUGGACUUUUUCAACACAGCGCCGGUCCAGGAGACGAUCGAGGAGGAUGGGGGCUCGGUGGCUGGGGAGAGCAGCAAGGCCGCCCCCGUGGCGAGCACCAGCAGCAGCCGCCCCUCUCGCAUGGCCGACCAGCCCCCGCAGUCACAACCUACUCCACGUAAAAAUGAAAAAGUGGAGAGUAUUGCUAAAAGGAGGCCAACAGCUGCAGUUCAGGCUCUUAAGAAGAAGUACCAAGAGCAACGGCUUGCCAGGCAGAGAGCAGGCAAUCUGAGCAAACUUGUCCAGAAAGUUAAAGACAAGAAUAUGGUGCGAACGAGAUCUGCUGCUUUGAUGGAAGAGACAAAAUCGAAUAAAAGAAUUAUUUCAGCAGCAAAACAUGUUGUCAAGAAAUCUCCCGUCAAAAUUAUUCAUGCUGUUAGGAAACUGAGACCAAUCAAGCGUUCACCUUUAAGGAGAAUCUUGCUGCGAAGAAGAGAAAUAUCAAGAGAGAUUCUUGCGAGGCGGCGGGGACUGCGCAGUGGUGGGCAGCUUCCUGUGGGAAGUGAUCAGGGAAUUAUAAACGAACGUGCCCUUAAGCCGGCUGAACCAAAAGGCGACAAAAAAGUGACUGAGAAGAACGCCAGUAAAUCAUUUGCAAGCACUCUCUCGGAUUUUUCGUCAGAUGAUGAUCAACCUCUGGUGAAGAAAACCAAACCUGUGGAGCAACAAAGACAGCUGCAGAAACAGCAACAAAAUCAAAAGAAUCGAAAGCAACAGCUAGCAAGAAGAGUUAUUAAGCGGAUAGUUGAGAGGUCAAGAAGACAAAAACCACAAAUUGUAACACGUUCUAGACUUCAAGAGACAGAAACAAAACAAAGAACUAGCAGUGGAGUUUCUGUUCGACCAACUCGCAAGACAAAGGAAGCAGCUGCUAUAUACAUGGAAUUAUUGGGAAAGAAAUUAGCCACACCGGAUCAGGAAGUAGAUGAGGAUUCUCUCUCAAUAGAUAGUUUUCCAGAGCUGCCAAAUUCAAGGAGAAUUGAGCAACAAGAAAAUGAAAUAAAGGCAAAAGCUGUGAAGACCCUAAAGACUAUCAGUAAGAGCAGUUCACCUUUACGUUCUAGACAAACGAAAGUGGAGGCUCCCAACAAGACAGAAAAGAAAGGUGCAGAUGACGAGAAUCUCAAGGGAAAGGAUACAAAGAAGGUAAAAACUCCUAGUGCAAAACCAAAGUUGGCCGUGAAGAAAGAGGAAACGCUGGGAAAGGAAAAAGUUCCAGAAGAAAGACGAAAGCUUCUAGCAAGACGGAAAGUUGAAAAUGAGAAGCAAGGAAGUAAGUGUAGGGUAAAAAUUAAAACUGAUGCCAAAGUUUCCACAGAUUCUUCAAAAGAAUCAAAGGAAGUGGUUCAUUCACCUGGAUUGAAGGCAAAAGUGAAGUUACAAGCAACUCAGGAAAAAAAGAAAUGUGAGACUUCAUUGGGUACCAAAACACAGAUCACAACCAAAGAAAAGCGUACACCUAAAGAACAGGAAGGUGACGACGGUGGCAUGAAACAACCUCAAGUUCCUCGUCGAAGCCUACGAGCACCCAUGAAAGAUCCUGUAUCUACCAUUUCUGAAUCAUCUGAGAGUACUGCCUCUGAGUCAGCUGCUUCUAAAAAUCUUAGAAAUAAGGAUUCAUCUCCUUCCUCACCCAGUAGAGCACUACGUAAGCCUAGAGCUCUCGAAAGUGCUCUGGAUGAUAAAUUUAGUGACUCUGAUGAAGAACCAUUGGGUAAAAUAGCUUUAAAAAAUGCUGCAGUUAAGGCACUAAAUAUUUCAAAUAAAGAUACCCAAAAUUCUUCGACAGGGAAGGCAAACAAAGUGGAUGUAAAAAGUAAAAUAGAAGCUGUUGUAACAGAAAAGGAUAAAAAUGUACCUAAGAAAAGCAAAGAACAUAGUUCAAAAAUCACAUCUUCCAGUUCACGAGAACCGAGGAAAACAUGUGAUUCUGCUCAGAAGUCUUCAAAAUUAAAGUUGGAUAAAGUACAGGAAACUCGCGCAAGGAAUGUAGUGGAUUUAUCUAAAAAGGUAAAGAAGAGCAAUGAUAUGAAACAGGUGACAAAAGAUGCAAGAAGACCAAAAAACGAAGAGAAUACAAAAAAUGAGGAAGGCAAGCCUCAGCCCACUGUUGCUAAAGAAAACACGAGGAAGAAACCUGUGUUAUCUGGGAGUACAGGCACGCCAGUUACAAGUGGUCAGUUGAAGUCAAAUAAGAAAGGUCAGAGUAGUGAACAGUGUGCUGAGGCCUCUGAAGCGGACGACGACUCUGGAGGCAAUAAAAAAAAACUUCUAAUUGAGGAAGUGUGUGCUAAAACAGUUUCUAAUGAAACAAAAGAAAACACAACUGAGAAGAACAGCAGAAAUUCUGUUGAUAGUGAGACAGUUUUUUCAAAAAAUAAAGAACUGAAUGAUGCGAAAUGUGAUACUGCCAGUCCAGUUGUGUUAUCUAGUGAACAAAAGACUAAAGAAAAAGAUAAUUUAGGCAAGGAAGAGAGUAAAUGUGUUCUAGAAGGGAAUGAAAAGAAAUGUUCAAAUGAUCUCAAGGACACAAGCAAAAAAAUCUUUCAAAAAAAAACAGCUGUUGAUAAAGAAAUAGUGAAGAAACAUAGCAGGCCGAAAGAUGUUUUAAAGGCAUCACCCAAGAAAAAGGUGUGUAAUAUUGAUAAAACUCACAACACAAGUGAAUUACCUUGCUCCCCUACUCCAGAAACAGAGUCACAGAAAAAAAUGUCAAAGAUAGAGUCGAGCCGGAGGUCCAGUUCCUCAUGGACUGAAUCUGAAAUGGAAAUUCAAAGAAGGUUGAGUCUGGUCUCACUCAAAGAAUCAGACACAGAGUCCGAGGAUGCAGACAGCCCAAAACAGGAGGGGGUGUCAGGCAAGAGACGAAGAUCUUCCGGAUCACAAAAAGAUACUCAAAAGUUUGUUAAUAGUUUUGCUAUUGUGGAAAAGAGACAUUCUAGUAUCAGAACAAAUUCAUGGUUGUUUUCUGAAAAGCGGAUUGAAUCAGUUCGUAGUGAUGGGGACAGACUCAGGAGAGGAAUGUUGGAAGAAAAACAAAAUACAAAGGAGGAGGUGUUUUCUUCAAGGAAAGCUGCCUCUUUUCACAUUGAAAAUAAAUUUAGUUCCUUUAGCUCAGGAAGUGCAGCUUUUGGAAGGAAGCACAUUCUGACCCAAGGCACAUUUUCUUCUCUGCGUCAUCCUGACAGUAGUCUUACGAGUAGUGUCUUUGGACCACACUUAAGAGUGCCAAAACCCAUUCCAAUUCUUUCAAAAUCUUUUGGUUUUAGUAUUCCAGUCAACACACAAGUGGAGGUGCCAUACCUAAAGACAGCCACAAAUGGAACUGAGGCAGGCCUUUUCUCAAAACGUAAUCCUCAAAAUGACAUCCAAUUUAAAAUGUUAUCGAGUUCAUCGACAGAUGACUACGAAAUGGAGAGGAAAUGUGUACCUGGUAUUAUGAUGUCAGCUAUACCAACUUCUAUGAACAGUAAGAAAGCUGCUGCAGAGAGAAUGUUGAACAUGGAGAGACCAUUUGAAAGGAAGUUGUCUGUUUCAAGUGAUUCGUCAUUUCAGAACGAUGAAGACACUGCUGUCCAUAAAACUGUGCCUGAAAUCCAAGAGAAAGCCCACGGAGACUUGUUCGUGGGGGCUUCUGCAGUACUUGAUAGAAAUUGCAGCAUACCAACUGGACGCCACAGUAACGGUGCUAGCGAAAAGGAUGUAUCCGGAGCAUUUACGAUAGAGAAAGAUGGUGAAGGGAGAGAGAGCUUAUUGUUUCAAAAUGAGAGCAGUGCUGAUAAGAAGAAUGCUGUAUUGUCAAAAAGUGUAGAAAAUCUGGCUGAAACUCAGAGCAUGUUAAGCAUUUCAUCCAGUAGGGAGUCAGUAAAAGACAUUCAGAAACUGUUAGGCUUUUUAUCAUCUCCAGAAUCAGAGAUACCACCUCAGCAACGCUAUCCUACUGUGCCAUACAGCUGUCAGGGACUGAGUGAGCUGGAUGUACCCAAUCGUGUGAAUAACAGUUUGCUUCAGGUCACAGAAAGUCAGGAGAGUCAAAGAAAAGAAAAAAGUAAAAUGGUUUCUCCAAAAGGAAGUGAAAUGGAUUCCAGGAAACUGAAACCUCAGUUUAAAACUUUUGAAGAUAUUGCAAAAGGUAAUUGUGCUGAGAGAUCUGUUGAUUGUAAUGCUGUUAUCAAUAAAGAUGUCGAAACUGGCAAAGAAAUGGAAACAAGGCUCAAUGAAGAGCGUCCGGUGGCAGCACCUCCAGCAGAACUACCAGAUUUUGAUAUCCCUCAUGAUAUGAGGAAUACUAAGAGUAAAACCAAAGUUAACAUGUCAACGGAGAGAAUUGAGAAGUGGCUCAAUGAAAGUUAUAGUGAUAACAUUGAACACAAAAGAGAUUGUUCAGUGUUUACAACAAAUGUGUGCAAGUGCUCCUCUUCAGCUGAUGAAGAUGAUUAUUUCAAUGACAAACUUGUGAUAGACAGUGAAUAUUCUUGCAGUGAAGUUGAAGAUAACACACCAAAAAUGUGUGAUUCAGUAUUCUCGAAAGUGGAACAGGACUCAUACAAAACGGAAGUUGGCAAUAGGAGUACUGCUGGAACUGUUCGAGCUACUUCAUCGGGAAAGAGCGGCUAUAAAUUAAAUGUGCAGAACAAAGUUUCACCUCUUCGUGAGAAAGUAGCUGUUGGAUCACCUGGUGAGAGGACACCUUCAAACUUGAAUUUUGUUUUCAACACAUCAGCAUCACAAAUAAUUAAUGUUGAAGUGGUUGAAUCUCCUCCAACAAAGAAAGUGCCAGCAGAAGACCCUGUCUCAAAAAAAGGCAGCACUGAAACGAGAAAAGAAUACGAAACCCACAAAAGUAAGCCAAUAAUGCAAGACAAAGUGACACCAGUCACUGCUAGUGGUUCUGCUGCCAAUCACAAUAUAUUGAACCAUACAAAAAAUGUGGGUACUUAUCCAUCUAAUGCAAACAGGGCAGAAAAACCCUCCAGCUUUGCCAAAACCAAAAAAGUCAAAAUUGCAGGUAAAGUGCCUACCCCAAUGAAGAGUCCAGGACACAAAAUCCAGCCAUCUCCAGAAAAAAAGUCCAUAUUCCAGCAGCGAAGGUCCUUCUCACAUAAAGUUAAAGCAAGGAAAGAGCUUGUACCGAGUGCAAAUGCCUUCUCACCCGAAAAUGAAAGUAGUGUGUACGCAUUUGAAUCAGAUUCUGAGCUCCCUCCUCUUAGCACACCUUUCAGAAGAAACACUCGUGACAGUAGAACAUCGAGCACUACUACAUCAAAAUCUGAGGAGGAUUUAACAAAACUGGGAGAAACUGAUGUACCGUCACCUCCUACAGCCACAGUACAACCACUGCCUAUGCCGCCCCCUGUCAUAUCAGUACCACAAGUCGAUCCUGGAAAAUCUGCAGAGAACACGGAGGUACCUCAGGAUAAAGCAGCGGGGAUCGGGUGUGCAAAAACUGUAAGCGGUACGGUCAGCUCUACAGUCUCUCGUACAGUUGAAGAAUCUAAUCAGCCAGUACCGGCUACCAAGGAACAUACACCUCAUCUGAAUAAAGAGGUCAGUGGCAUAUUGUUACGAUCUGGCACAGAUCCCAACUCACCUGUAACAUUGUUGGUUCUCCCAGCACAAAAACCUACUGAAUAUGUUGCACUGAUUCCAAGCGUUGCGAAUCCCUCAGAGUGCCAUGUGUCUGCAUUGCAAGGUAACAAUGUUUCUGUUGUCAACGUUUCUAGCAGUGUGGCUGGUGGACAAUUCAGCACAGCACCAGUGAGGGCACCUACUAAGAUACUACUAAGCCCAGCAAGAACGGUCACUCAGAAAGAUCCACACACAACAUGUUUGUACUUGGCACCCUCCGAUAAGACAUCAGUUCUUGCAUGUCCAGUCUACAGUGAAGAACAUGGUACUGUGCAAGCGAGCAAUGUAAACACAGUGAGAGACAACAGCUUUCCUGCCACCAGUACCAGUGUGCCGCCUAUCAAACACCCCAGCAAAAUACUUCUCAGCCCCACUCAUGUGCCUCUCCUCCUGUUAACAAAAGAUGCAGGGGCUCAGAAUGUGAUUGGUGAGCAGAGCGCACCUCUGGUAGAUAUGUCUGAAGUUGAAAAGCUGAAAACUGUGGUGUCUGAACAGAAAACUGAAAACAGUGUUUCCAGUCGUGUUGUUUCAGACUGUAUUGCACCAACAGACUGCUCAAGAGAGUUACAUAAAAAUGUUUCAAAUGUUCCAAAUAUAUCUGUCAAUAAUCCUAAUGUCCCUGAAAUGCCUAAAGUACUUCCACAAACAAGAAAUAUUCCAGAGAAACCAGUGCUAAUUGUUGAAAAUAUAAAUGUCACUGAAGCACCAGCUAUAAAUACCGAGGCAUUUGACAUUACUACAACAAUGCCAUCUGUUGCAGAAAAAUUAAGCGGGACAGAUUUGCCAUUGUCAGCAACUGAAAAAGAAUUGUCUCUGGAUGGAGGUGGGUUAGGCGUCGCAAGAGAAGCACUAAAAAGUGCAUUAGGAAAGGUAUGUCCCAGUCCUGAUGAUGCUAAUGAAACCGGUUUUGAAAUUCAAAAUGUAUCCCUAGAAGGCUCUGUAAGCGAAAAUAUCAUAUCUGCUGAUAAAGAGGAUAUGCAGAGAAGUGUAGAGAAUUGUGUCAUCGCUGAUAAGAAUGAGUCUUGCUCCAUGUCACAAGUAACAGAGAAGAACUUUGAACACUGCGACACGCCAGUUCAACAACCUGAGACUGAACCACAGAAUUUAAAUAAUUCAUCUCACUACAGUACUGAAGAGAGAGCAGACACUAAUUCACUGGUCCAGAACACACUUAUUGCUGAAUCUCCACCUUCAGUUGCUCCUGUUUGUACUGGGGCAUCAGAGAAGUCCUCAGUAACAGAGAAGGAGAAUGUUCCUACCAAAGUGAGAAAUUUCCCAUUGGAAGAAAUCUGUGCACCAUAUUCGCCCAAACCGAAUAACACAGAAAUUUUAGAUAGACCAGUGUCCAAAUCAGUUUUGGAAUCAAGCUGCCAGAGAGAUUUCUUGGCUCCUUGUAAGACUGACGCUGCCUCGGGAAUGGACGAAACAAGCAAAGAAUGCCAGUCUUUACCGAAUGUGUUUGAGGGGAACACUACAGGGCAACUUGUGAGAGACCCUCAUCCCGAAAAACUUUAUGUUCAUGCUUCUAGCCAAUUGUCUGUGACUGAUGAGCGGACUAUUUCACUUGCCCUGCCAGACAAAUCUCAGCAGCAACUUGAAAAGUCAGCAUGUGUCCAGGUAGACAUAUUAAAUGAAAGCUUUGUCCCUGGUCAGAAGACCAGUACAUCGAUAGCUGUACAGGUGAAUUUAGACUCUGAUCCAGAUACUGGGCCUCCCGAACCAGAACCACCUCAGCGCAGCAUGGAGAUUUCCACUCAGACAGAGGGAGGCGACGAUGACGAAGAUGAUGAAGAAGGCCAUCUCUUUUACAUUCCCUUACAGUCGUCACCUGGUUCAUGCCAUGGUUCCUCCUCACAGAUGAUACAGGGUGUAGCAGUGAAAUUGGGGACUGAAGGUCCCACAGGGCCGAACCAGCGUGUCAUCAUGCGAGCCAAGCUUGUGACGAAACCACCAAACUUCAGCCGCUCAUCUGCUUCUGCACAAGAUUCUGCUCUUGCUAGGAGGUCUGUCCUUGGUGCACCUAGUCAACGAUCUAUCACGCAAUCACGAUCUACACCCGUGGGUACUGUGCAACCUACAGCUCGUGGAAGACCUAUCAGCACCGAUGCAACAACGACAACUGUUGAACAUGAGGUUACUCCACGUUCACCAGCACCAGUCGUGAAACAGCCUGUGUCGGUACAGUCCCUGCCAAAGGAACGCAGAGGGUCUGCUGAUCAGAGCGCUGCAGGCACGUCAUCUAAAUCGGCAUUGGUUCCAAGUAAGCGGGGUCCUGCAAAGGCAAAAUGUGUAAAGUCAUCAGAUUCAAAUUAUGUGAUUACACCCAUCAAUUCAUCAGCAUUCCCAGCUCCAGGUGGUGCUGCACAGUUGGUGGAAGCACCUACAUUUCGACCCACUGAGAAAGAAUUUCAGGACCCCCUUGAGUUCAUAGAUAAGAUACGACCAAUUGCAGAGAAAUUUGGCUUAUGCCGUGUUGUUCCACCUCAGAAUUUCAAGCCGGAAUGCAAAGUUUCCGAUGAAAUGAGAUUUACAGCCUAUAACCAGUAUGUUCAUAAAAUGUUGCAUCGUUGGGGACCAAAUGUAAGAGAAAUGAUGGCAAUUAAAAAAUACUUGGCCACUCAAAGCAUACUCUUGAACAAUCCUCCUUGGGUCGGAGGUAUGGAAGUAGACCUGCCAAGGUUGUAUCAGACAGUACAAAGUUUUGGUGGACUGAAGGAAGUGAUUGAAAAGAAGAAAUGGCAGCGAGUUGCUGAUGGAAUGAAAAUACCGAAAGCAGCACAAGACAGGGUUACAAAGUUGGAUGAUAUAUAUUGCAAAUAUCUACUUCCAUAUGACACAUUGUCUCCAGGUGAACGAGAGAAAUUGUUUGAGGAAGUGGAGAAAGAAUGGGCACUCCGAGAAAGUCGUUUACCCGUACCAGAUAAUACGUCAAGUACAGGCACGCAUGAAGAUGAUUCGUCAGACGGAGAUACAAGUGAUGAAAAUGAAGAAUGUAUUGUAAAGGGUCGAAGCAUGGCUCUCAGUGCAUUUUACCGGAUUGCAAGGAAUACUAUGGCCAUGUGGUUUAAGCAGCCAGAACCCCUUGCAUCUGAAGUGGAGCAGGAAUUCUGGAAGCAUGUGGUGUCCCGGCAGGCACAUGUCUGCGUCCAUUCUGGUUCUAUUGAUUCCAGUGGCUGGGGCUAUGGGUUUCCUGUAUCAAAGAAUAGCCCAUUUGCAAAGCACCCAUGGAAUCUGAAAGUUCUCACGAACAAUAGUGGUUCUGUUCUACGUUCUCUUGGUCCAGUGAUGGGCGUGACAGUGCCAACCCUCCAUGUGGGAAUGUUAUUCGCAACAUGCUGUUGGUACAGAGAUCCUCAUGGUCUCCCUUGGAUUGAAUACCUUCACACAGGCGCAAGCAAGAUUUGGUAUGGCAUACCCGACACCUACAGUACAGCAUUCAGGAACGCUCUCGGGAAACUGGUGCCACGUUAUUGCCGCAAUCGCACCAUCUGGUUGCCUUCUGACACUGCCAUGGUGCCGCCCCCAAUGCUCGUGCAACACGGUGUGUCUCUCUGCCAUACUGUCCAAGAGCCAGGCCAGUUCAUCAUUGUCUUCCCACGAGCCUUCACUUCAAGCAUUUGCACAGGAUACCUGGUUUCUGAGAGUGUCUAUUUUGCUCAGCCACAUUGGCUUGACACUGCUGAGCAGGUUUUUAAGGAUAUUCAAGAAAGCUGUGAGCCUUCCAUGUUUUCUUUGGAGAGAUUGCUCUUCAGUAUUGCAACUGACACACGGUCCAACUUGGAGGUUUUAAAACAGGUGCUGCCAAUGAUACUGAAAGUCAGGGAGAGAGAACUGGAUCAGCGAAAGCAGCUUUUUAAUCUUGGUCUUAAGACAUCAGAGAGGCUGCCAUUACCUGAAAAGAAGAAGUAUCGACCUGCAAGAGAAGAAGAUGGGGAUUACGAGUGCGAAAUUUGCCGAGCAAAUCUUUUUGUUUCACUGGUUACAAAUUCCCAUGAGGAAGGAGUCUACUGUCUUCCCCAUGCCAUUGAUCUACUUACAAAAAAGAGGCAUCAUUUAAAAUACUGCAAGUUGAUGUAUACUUAUGAUCAGUCUGAGCUGCAUGAACUGGUUCAGAAGCUACAAGAUAGAAUAGAUGCAAAAAGUCACCGGAAAAGUCAGCCAAAACAUAGUGCUCCAUCUCAGAAAUAACUAGUCACUCCAAUUUCUUACAGUCUUGUAAAUAUCAACCAUUAGGCAUCAGUCAGUUGUAUUACUUACAUGUCUUUUGCUUGCUGAAUCCCUGAUAGUAGUCCAUUUGUGAAAUUUUUGUUUUGUAGUAUUAUUUCCAGGAUGUGUGUAUGUUGUGCUUUUCCUAGAGUAGAUCAUUUUAGCCUUGCCAUUAGUUUUGUGAUCAUGUCAAGUAUCUUAAUACUCUCCAGUUUCAAUGCUGUUGUUGUCUUUUCUACAAAAAUGUCAAGGGGUGAGCUUGACAUUGAAAGUUUUCUCUGUUACCAGAAGUCAGCUUGCUUCAGCAUUCCAUUACUCAUAUGUACCAGUACUGCAAACAAAACAUAGCAGAGUCAUUGGGCAGAUGUUACUGUAAUGUUUCCCUUGUGGUAGAACAUAUUAUGUAACACGUUCCUGUACCCAAACAGCUUCCAUUUUGGAUCAAAGUCCUACAGUAACAUUUAGUCAAGUAUAAUAUGUUAUCAGGUCUACUUAUCAACCACUUCCCAUAAACAGUACUGAGUUAUGAGUGCUCAGUCUGCUUUCAUUGUAGCAAAGAUCACAAUAAAAUACUAUGUGAAGGUAUUUAGGCAAGUGUUAUUACACAUUUUAGAAAUUGUGACAUGUUUGGCAAUCUUCAGAAAGGGAUAACAAAUUUUGUUAUUUUUCGACUCCGUGUAUUGCCAAGGGAUAAAAGAAGAAAAUAAAUAAAUGAAAAUGACAAAGAAAAGUGGGCUUGCAUCCACUGGGUUGAGUGACCAAUUUCUUAACAUUUUUGAUAUAACCCUACUUUUCUUUGGAAAUGUAAAAUUAAUUGGCACUGCUUACAUUGGCUUCACAGGAACUAAUUUCUAACAGAUGUGUUAGUGACAGUGGACAGUAGUACCAUAAGAAAAAUUUAUUUGAUUAAUUGCCAACAAUAUAGUUGUUCUUUAUAUCAGUAAAUAUUUCUAUAUAGUAUUUUAUUGUGAUUAAUUUCUGAUUGCGAUAAAUAAAAUAUGUAAUUAUUUGCUACUGUAACUAAUACCCCACAGGUAUUCAGAUACCUUGGGCUGUUUUAUAAUUGACAUAAACAUCACAGCAUUUUUAAAGAUAAGCUUACAUGUAGAUAUGCAUAUACAUGACAGUGCUAAAUAUUUGUCACAUCUGCCGAUGUGUAAAAAUGACAGGUGAACACACCUAAAAUGACAGCCAUAGCAUUCCACAGUAUUUAUUUGUUUAUCUUAGUAUUGAAUUGUCUAGGACACACAGUGAAGCACAACUGUAGCUUCCGUCAAUAGCUGUUACAGCUAGUGAGCCCUGAAAUAGUUUUAGCACUUUGCCCUCAUCCCACUGUCAUAUGAAUUAUACUGCAUUUUAACUAUCAUUUUCACUUCAUUGUAUUAACCUUCACUGCAUUCUUUAUGACUGAUAUGGCUUCUUUGCCCUCACUUCCUUUUCAUUCUUCCUUCCCUAUUUGACACAUCUAGUCUUCCCUAUGGAAAGUUCCAUGUUGAAACUGAUACUUUGUGAGUGACGUGGUUUUGGCAGUAAUAGUAUUGCUAGAAAUAAGUGCUUCUAUUGUUUCGGAUAUAUGGAUGUCCUCAUUACUAUUGUAUACUUUACAUCAUUUGUCACAAUUCACUUUCAUUUUUUCCUGCCUUUGUUUUAUUUGACAAGUAUUAAAUAUGACCUUUUUUUCAUGUGACUGUUUCUUGAUAGUUGUUUCUUGGGUAAUUGUCAGUCAGUAUCGGAUAAAUGAUUAUUUUAAAUGCUUCCAACAUCUUCAUACAAAGACUAGUUUUCCAUGCAGUAUCUGGAUGUGUUCCAUGAUAUUGCAGCGUUCCUUAUAGGUAUGGUAUCCAUAAUGUUAGAUGUACGAUCUGGAAAAGCUUUAAAGUUCUACUUAUUACUUUACUCACAUAAGGUUUAUGUGUUCCAUUGUUUCAUGCUCACACAUAUAUUUUGAAUCUCUUUUAUGCUCAUGGUCAUGGAGAAUCCAUUUAAGAUGAAUAUUCUUUCAAUGUUCUUAUUUAGAAUGACAUGUUGAAAAACCAAUCCUAUAUUGCUUAUAGUUAGUUAUAUACUUUCUUAUUCUGAAAUUUUUCUUACCUUUUUUUCAUAUACAAAUUUAUAUUUUUGUGUAGGACGAAUUGCUUUUUGUAAGUUGAAUGGUGUAUAGGAUUAGCCGUGUUCAAGGUGUUUGAUAAGUUACUCCCUAUUUUCAAAUAAUUUAUUAUGAAUUAAAUGGUUACAUUAAAACUUGGUCAUUGCAUAGUAACAUUCAGGUUUUGUAUGAUGCCAGCUAAAUUAUUACAUAAGGCCAGUACUGACAUCAUGUUUUUAUAGCUGGUUCAGUAGACUUUCAAGUGUUGCUCUCAACAUGUGUGGUACAGAUCAUUCAAGGGUACAGUGAUGAUUGUUACUUCCAUUUCAUCCAUGUCUUGGUGCCUGAUGGCAAACCUCUUCCUUCAUCCAUCCCCAAAGAAUAAAAUUACAACAUAUUACAUGUGGGUUGAAGCUGGUCAAUUGUGUGUGCCAUGGCUGCAGGCCCAUUGAUCUGGAAAAUAGUUGUGUAACCACUAGUGAGCUUUAUUUGAGAAAUGCUGUGAGCAUCACUCUGCAUAAAGCAAUGUUGUCACAGUGAGCAGUCACUGACCAUACAGCAUCUCCAUAUAUCUCCAUAUAUCUUGUUGUGUGGAAGCACUGUUAUGAUCUUGCACCUCACUGUUGUCUUGGGUUCAAUUCUAAACUUUUGACCACUAGCUCCAUGUUUACCAAUUGUAUAUAUUGUUUGAAUAAUGAUAUUCAUUCUUUGGAGCAAAGGGAUGUAGCAAACAACAACUGAAUUGCUCUUUGUAUUGUCUUCCUUAGAGCUGUUUGAUUUCAUAAUUAAUUGUUAUAUAAUGUUGAUUUGCAAUUCAUGACCUGUAGACAGUGGAAAUCAUAGGAAUUGGACUGAACAGUCUCAAACCUAAAUGUAAUAUUUGGUGAGCUUUGCCUUUAAUAAUAUGUAACAAUGAAAUCAGCACUUGUAUGUAACAAAUGAAAAAAUUGCAAUAUCUAGGACAGAUGGUGUGAAACAAAAGACAUCAGAAUUCGAGAACAAGUCAACACAUUGGUUGUAGCAAAAGACAAGACAAAAAUGGCAGUAAGUUGGGGGGAGAGGGGGGGGGGGGGGGGCACAGGGCACAGAUCUUUCUUGUCCCAAACUAGGUAAACUUUUCCUACCCUCUACCAGCUACACAUCUUUUCUCAACUUUUUCUUUUAUUGUGCCUUGCCUGUUACUUCAAAUGUAAGAACUGCCUUCAGAAAAACCUUGUAAUCUUACACAGAUUUUCUCAGCUAAAUUGAUUAUUUCGAAGUUUCUGGGUUUGCAGUCACGUUAACGUCAUUUUCCUUUCACAAUAUUUUGAUAGCUUCCUUAGUUGUCUUCAUCAGAUGUAGAGUGCAGAUUUUUUAUGUUUUGGCAUAGCUAUUUUGGUCGGUCCUAAAUUUCUGUUAUACUUUGGCCAAGGACAGCAUGGUCCAUUCACAGUGUAGUUGGAGUUCAAACAGCAACCAGCGAGAUCUGCUACCAAAGGUGGCUGGGGAAGCUGUCAGAAUAUUGUGGAAGGAAAAUGGCAACAUUAACUUGCCUGAAAACCCAGAAACUUGGAACUUACUGAAAGCUUAUUUCUCAGUACUUUUUGCCUUUACAUUUUUGACAGCCAUAUUAUAGUUGUUGUAUAUUAGUCUUAAACUUCAUUAGUCUUCAUCUUUUACUUUGGUGUUCAUUUUAUCAACUCAUUUAACCCUCUGUCUGACUUUUAAUCUGAGGGUGUCCCAAUGUGAUUCAUUAAUGUUGAACCCUCUUUUUUUUAAAAAAAAAAAAAAAAAAUCUCUGUUCAAGAAUAUUA